AUCUGUCACCUUCAAAAACAGUAGGUUUGCUCUUGGUUAUACAUCAUCUGAUGUUGCACAAUCAAAUCUAAUUGUAAAUAUUUUUAGUUUCAAGCUGACCAAGUUUUAAAGUUGAAAGUUAUUAUGGCUUUUCGUGUGCUUAAUAUAAAUGUUCCCAUUUUGAAAAAAUCUCUUAGUUUUCCUGCUUUGAGCUAUCACAAAAAUGUUAUAGAUCACUAUGAAAACCCCCGUAAUGUUGGUUCAUUGGACAAAAAUGAUAACAAUGUUGGUACUGGUUUGGUGGGAGCACCAGCUUGUGGAGAUGUAAUGAAAUUACAAAUAAAAGUUGACCAAAAUGGUAAAAUUAUUGAUGCCAAAUUCAAAACUUUUGGAUGUGGUUCCGCUAUAGCAUCUAGUUCCCUAGCUACGGAAUGGGUGAAAGGUAAAACGGUUGAUGACGCAUUAAAACUUAAAAAUUCUGAUAUUGCGAAAGAACUUGCUCUACCUCCUGUAAAAUUACAUUGUUCAAUGCUGGCUGAAGAUGCCAUCAAAGCAGCUCUUGCUGACUACAAGAUCAAACAACAGAGUAAGACCAAGGAAAAUAAAACUGCAUAAGCUUAUUUCAAAGUAUAAUUAUUUAUAUAGGAAUAUUGUGUUAUGUUCAAACUGUAGAUAGGUCUGUUUCUUCUGUUGUACAUAUAUUUGUAGAUAACAUUAUUUUUCAUGGAAUAAGUGUACAUGUGUUUAUGUAUAUCAUAAGAAAGAUAUAUAUGUUGAAUGUGAUAAAAAAUUAAGAGAAACGGGAAACAAGUUAUUUUUUUAUCAUUUUUAGUGUAUUUUGUUUGUUAGUUAUUGUUGUUUUAAUUUAUCUUUGUAAUGUUAAUAGCAUACUUGAUUAAAAGCAUCGCUUAACCCAGCUUCACUCUUUUCUUUUGUUAAUUUUUUUUCCUAUGUAAUGUUAAAGGCAUAUUUGAAUAAAGGCAUCGCUAACUCUUCUCCAUUCAUCUCCUUAAUUAAGUGAUUUUGUUUUGUAUAUAACAUACAAAACUUAAUCAUCCUUUUAGGUGUUAGAUUAGGUAUAUAAUUCAUUAAUCCAUUGGGUAUUGCACAGGCAAGGGCGAUCUUUUCUUAGAGCUGAAAUGCUUGACACCAAUAUUUUAUAUCUUAAAAAUAAGUUGGAACUCAAUUUUACAAAAAAUAUAUAAGGCUCAAAUAUUUCAAUGUAAAUGUUAUGAAUGGUUUAGAUUUUCUGAUAUCAUACAAAGUUAAAAACCCUCUCAAUUAAAUAAGUGUAACUUAUAUUCAUUAUAAUUCCGAAUGGUCUAGUAAGGGGAAAAUAUAGUACUUACAGAAGUGCUAAUAAUGUACUACAAAAUGGACCAAAUAUACUAUCGCAUAAUACAUUCAUUAAAAAAAAAAUGUUAAUUAUCUAAUAUUAAGUUAUAAUAAGUAAUUAGUUGGUUUUUAGGUCCUAUAUGUAAUAAUUUAUAUUAAUAUAAUAAUUGGAUCGUUAAAAAAAUUAUUAACAAUUCAUUUAACUGAAGUGGCCAUCUGGAUUAUUGAAUUUAGUUGUAAUAAUAGAUCAGUCAAACCCAUAAUCAAUUUUUAACAGGUAUAAUACUUCAGAGUGUUCAGAGAUAACACAAAAUUGUGGAGAUUGGUUGGCUUUAAUUGAGGAGGCCUGAGUUCUUGCUGGACCGCAGUGCCAUAAUAACACCUAAGCAGUGCUCUGUCACAAUGAACAAAUAUUGAAAAAUAUCCCCUGAGAUACACAAAGACAUUGACUGAAUAAAUAAUUCUGGUGGCUAAUAGCCAUAAGUGUCUAGUUUCUAUGUCACAAAUUCUUAUAAACAAAACAAGAUUUAAACUGCAUGAAAACAAACUUGGGAAUGCAUAAGUUAAAUAUGUGAGAGAAAACAUCAGCAGGUACACUCCAGUUGUCAGAGCAUAACCAGUUUUUUGUAUAGCUCCCACCAAAACUGAUGCUCCAGGAGUAAAGACAAACAUUUACUAGGACUAGCAAAAUUGCUCCAGUUUAUACCUCUGAGUAACUAUCAAUUUUAUAUCUGUCCUAUAUUCUAGAACAAUGGCAGAGAAAACCAUUUGGUACUCAUCACUAGGAGAAAGCACACAAAUUCUAGUAAUAAUAUAGGUUGUCCUUAAAUAGCUAAAAAAAAAAAAAAAAAAAAAAGUACUUAGUAAUUCACUAUUUUUCAACAAAUAAUAAAAUGA